GUUUAUUUCCGGUGUAGGGCGGAAGUGGGAGCAGGGUACUUGUGGAGGUGACCGAAUGGCAAAUAGCAGCAUUAGUGUGAAAAUACUAGAGUAACACAUAUUCAAAGAUAUAGGAAAGGGUUUAUUUAAGCUGACAGUUUGUAAAUAUCGUCGUCGUCAUGGGAGCCCAUCUGGCCAGACGAUAUAUCACCGAAACAGAGACGGAGCCGGACCCGAAGAAGCCGUUUGAGUUCGACCCUCAGUUCGGCUUUCCAGAGAGGAAAGAGAGAGAGAUGGUAGCGAGCCAGGAGCAGAUGAACUUGGCUCAGCUGCCUCUAGAGCAGAGGGACUACUGUGCCCAUCAUCUUCUGAAACUCAUGAAGUGCAAGAGGGACAACUUUCCCAACAUCCUGGCAUGCAAGCAUGAGAGACAUGACUGGGACUACUGUCAACACCAAGAUUAUGUGAUGCGUAUGAAGGAGUACGAGAGGGAGAGGAGGCUCCAACUGAGGAAGAAGAGAAUCGAGGCUCAGGCUGAAGCUGCGUGAUCAGUGUAAUAUCGCAGUUGUUCGUCUCUGUAUAUACCUGCUGCUGUUCACAUUAAACAAUCUUGUUUGAGCUCUACAACCCUGA